AUGCCACCAUUCCUCAAACACGUGAGUGCUGAUGCACGGUGGGAUUACUACGCAAUUAUUUCGAACAUGUUCACGUCGAUGAAUGACAAGAUCAAGCAAGUCAACGAAUGGGCCAAGAAACAGGGUUCGGAGGUCGAGAAAGGAGUAAACGAAUACUUCAAGAAAAUCGAAAAUUAUUGGAAAGAUGUCAACAAAAAUAUGACAAUGACUCUCGAGGAACUGCCGAAGGUCUAUCCGAAGGUCUACAAAAUCAUGUCAGACCUCGAUCUUAAACCUCGAGAUAUCUACAAACAGAUUCGCGAUAUGAAACUUUCAAAACGGACUGCACAUUCUUUGUAUAGUCUUGCAAUGGUUGUCAUUCACACCGAUGGUGGUGAAUAUCCGUAUCUUAUGGACACGGAAAUGUUCCUCGAAAGAGUUGCCACCCCGAAGAUUCGAAAUCUCUUCAAUCCCAGCAGAGGAAAGAACUGA